AAGGAGGUUCUUGUUUAGCGUCAUAAAGCUGAAACGCGUUUUGAUCCAUAUUCAUGGAAUUGGGUAUUCAAUCGUCCCAACGCAGACAUGCCAAGGGAGGAUUUGUGUGAGUACAAUAACCAUUCAUUUCAUAUAGUCAGUUUUAACUUUUUGGACGCGUAAUUCGCCUUCUCGCGUUCAUGGUCAAUUAUAACUAGUUAUUGACAUUUCCCUGCUGCCAGAGGCCUCUUUUCUCUAGUGAUCCUGCCCGCCGAUAGACUGCGAACCGCAGACGAAUUUCCGGUCGUCGCCUCUCUUCUCCGAAAAAUAACUAAGCCCGCCGAAUACCAGGAAAAAAGGCCUCUGCUGGCAGGGAAUAUUGACGUUGAAAGGUCGUGUCAUUUUAUUGAUUCUUUAACCAGGCUUCUUUAACCUUUUGGUUUAUAAUAACUGAUUUAUGCUUACGCAUAUCAUGAGGAAAUAGAUUUAUUUUUUCACAGUUAAACAAAAUGAGAACUUGGUGUUUUAGCAUUUUUUAAUACAUCCCAUCGAUAGAAGAGGGAAGAGAGAGGUUUCAAGGAAGGUGCCAAUAACCAGCGGCCCUUUGUCAGGGUCGUAACAUGGUAUAUGGGCUCAGGGCUCAACGCCCAAAAUAUGACUGGGAUCAGGGCUCAGAGGAAAGGGCUCAGGGCUCAGAAAAAUGAGAUCAGGGAUCACAAGGCUUUUGAGCCCGAAUCAGGGAUCAGAUUUAUUACACGGUCUAAAAAUCUCUUAUCACAUAAAAUUUCCUGGCCGAGGUACAUUACCUAUUCUUACUUCCGGCUGGUGGCAGUUCCUGUCAUACGAAGUCCUGGUUGUUUGAUGAAAACAUGGUAUCAUAUUCUUAAGUUAUUUUAUUGUUGAGGGCCCUGUAAUAUGAAUCUCAAGUCACUUUUCUUGCUUUGUAACGCAACUCCUCAACGCGCUGUCAAACGCCCGAAGGCAGAGAAAGCGAUUUAUACAUAUCUUUUUCUGCGAGAAGAGGGGAAGAAGAAAAAGGACAAAAAGAAAUCCUGUGACAGAGAAAGGUACGUAAGUACUUCCUUGACUGAUUUACUCCUGGCAAGGGUCCAAGCAUAGAGUUCUUGGGCCCAUCAAACAUAACAAUACCGCCAGGACAAUAGACAAACCGAUUCAUUGAAAGCGGAAUUUACUGUAUAGGUCCCGAUUGCCUCAUCGCCUCAAGCAAGUCACUAGGCGACUAUAAAUCGAGGUUCGUAUUUUUUGACCGGUAACUUAACUCUUAAAAGUACUUAAAUAAUUAGAGUGGACGUCAAAAGUAGAAUACAAAAGUGCAAUGAAUUCGCGCGCUUUGUUGCAAAAUAAAUGCUUUCUCGCAAUUUAAUAAAUCUGCUCUAAUUGCAUGGAGUUUUAGGCUUAUCUCGAACUCUGAUGAGAAACUGAGAUCGGUUCACCUACCAGUACUAGUAUUGGGCCGGGAAAGUAAAGGACACAUUCCAUUAAUGUAUAACUGAUAAACGCCUGUGUGAUAAAUAGUCUGAAAUUACAGUGGAGAAUUGGUGAAAAUAAAGUGGAACACCAAAGACUUACCUCGGUGAAAUAAAAGUAACAAAACCUUUACAGUUUAUUUUCUUUAGUUUUUUUUUUCAUAAAAUAAACGGUGGAAUUGGCGAAAGGAAUGUUGCAUACUAGGUGCAAGUAGCAGAGUCUGGAGGAAUUUAAGAUAUUAUAGCACUCAGCAUGAGGGGCUAUCAGUAAGGGGCCCACUAUUUGAUUUUUGAGCCGAGGAUGGGUUAUUUUUUUCAUGCAAGAUUUUCUCAGACCUCAUUCAUGCAGUGGUUAUUUUGUUUUGCACAAAAUUUACAGACUUUAGUGACAAUAUUGAUCUGCAAGAAUUAUUUCGGAUCUUUGGGCUAUUCGGCCUCGGCUUAUGUAGUGGUUGGCCCCGAAAGGUAUCACCACCUUAUGGAGCCUGAAUUUUUUAGUGGAGCGAGAACACCCGCUCUGAACGACUAUGCAUCACAGCGGCCCAGCUGCCUUUUAGAAUCAAUAGAGAGGCUCCACCAAUCCUCGUUUAUAUUAUAUACCGGUCGUCAAAGCCAUUACACACAGAGAAAGCUGGGUCCAAAGGCACCGGAAUGGCUUCGAAAGUCGUACAGCAAGAGUAAACCUUAAGGAUGAUAGUGACAAGGAAACGAGCGCGGAGUGAAAGGAGCGACAAAGGAAGGCAUUGCAGAGCUUUGCGAAAGAAUUUGGACGGGGUGUACGACAGCAACAAACGAGAGAGAAGACCAAGAAAGAGCUGGUACACUUCCACUUGCUCUAAAUAUGUUCAGAAGGAAUGCGUCGGCACAUGGAGAAGUCGACCUAAUGACCUGCUGAAAGAGGUUCAAGGGAGUGAAGGACAAACUAUAGUUCAAGACGCAGCCGAAGAAUACGGGAUUAUCUAUUCAAAAGGCGACGUAGUUGCUCUCAAGCACAAUUACAAGAGGUAUAUCAUCGUUUAAUCUUCCUUGCAUUUCUUUUAAAAGAUCUCCACCAUAACCGUGAUGCAUUCCUGGAAGAUCACAUGGGUUUGAGAUAACUGGAACAGUCAGAAGAAGAUCCCCUUGUAUACCAGACUGGGCACCGUGACGAUAGAAAUUCACCUAAGUGUAUCAUCGGGAAAGUUCAAAUAAUAAAAAUGGAAACAACUUCUGUUUGAGCUGCGUUGAAGAGCAACGCCUAGUUGCAUUGCUCCACGGGUUAAUUUAAUCAGAUGAUUCACCUGCGUCAUGUGGUGACGAAGAGGAAGGGGAGCAAGCUCAGGCGGACAACUUUUCAGAGCCAAUUAGUUUUGAAGCUGGAAGGAGUAGGUCUAGAAGACCUACAACCAGAUAUGACCUCUGACAAUCUACAAUGGUUAUUAAGCCCGGAAAAGCCAUUAAUGAGCUUGAUACAGAAAAGCUGUUAAACUGUAGAACCUGUGGCUUGCAUCAUUUAAUUUUUUUACUUCAUGUAAAGCAGGUAUUUUGCCAUUGGUAAUUGAUCGUGAACCUCACUGUAACACACACAGAGUGAAAGAAGAAAUUCACAUAAGACUACAACAUCAGCAUGGAUAGCAGAAUAGAAAGCUCUGAUAGAACCUACACGUUUCACUAAAAAUUAAAGUUGAUGUUUUUCUCAUCAGCCCAUUUGAGCAUGUUCUAUAUUCUAUAUUUUGAGAUUGUUAAACAAAGUUGCCUAAAAGUAAAAUUUUGUGUAAAAACAUGGAUGGGAUCAAUUCUUUUCUCAGGGCUCAGGGAUCAAAAUUUUGGGGAAAAUGAAGCUCAGGGAUCAAAAUAACGGCAAGAAAAUAGGGAUCAAUGGGUCCCAGAUAUACCAUGUUACGACCCUGCUUUGUGUUCAAAAGUAUUCCUCUGAUUAGCCGUCUGAUUAUCAUCUUGCAGACCGGUGAGGGUAAAAGGCCGAAUGAGUUUGCGGAAUGGCAUGUGGCAUGGCUUGAGGAAUGACAUAAUUAUGCGGAAUGUAAAAUAUGGAAAUUGGCGCAAAGAAAUAAAUUAAACUAAAAGGCAUGCGUGCGUCAUUGCCGCGCCUCUUUUGGCGCCAAUUUGAGUGAGCUUCACGCAUUUAGACAUUUAUCUAAAACAUACCUGAGAAUUGGCAACGGUUCCUGAAAGCAGCCUCCAAACGAAAACAUUGAAGUCCGGUAAAUAUAGUGAGGCGUGACAAAAAAAAACUUAGUUUCCUCGAUUGUAAAGUAACAAGACGCAAUAUCUUCUUUUUCCGUUAUCCUUAGCGAAUUACCAUUGUUAAAGUCCUUAUUUUUCGAUAGAAAGUGAGUACCAGAAUACUUGUGCCUUUGAGUUUUUGCUUCUUCAAAAUACUGUCGGCAUCGAAAAUGUUACUCCUUCGAUCAAGAAUUACGUUGCGUUACUACCUUUAUUUCGUGACUGUCAUUUUGACAGUUCCGUCUCUUCAAACGUACGUUGUGCCACGUGCAGUCACGGAACAGACUGUCACGCAGUUUCGCCGGCGGGUAAAGUUCAGUGUUUCAAAAUGGAUAAAAUUGACCCAGUUUCACCUUUUUACCCCAUUCUUUCAUUGAAAAAAGCAAUUUUGCAAAGGGAAAACCUACAAGACGUACGAAAAACGAGCCUUUAGGCUGUAAAUAUCUAUUUAUGUGCGUUUCGAAAUUGGAAGUGUUUACUCAAUGCAGACAAUUACCGCCAGCCUGUCAUGAAAAUUCCUGAACUUCGAUGGUGUCUUACAGAGAUUUCCUUCACUUACCCAAGCCAAUUCCCAGGUAUGUUUUGAAUGAAUGUCUAAAUCUGUGAUUUAAAUAGAAAGAAGAGAAUUUGGAGGUAUACCACAUGUUAAAUAUUGCCGUCGAAAAUGAGUAACGAACUUAAAUGUUUGUUAUCCUGAAAACCUAUCCCUCAUUUUUAAAUAUAUUUCAGCACGACCAGGUUCCCUAUUGGCUAUUGUCCAGAAAGUAUCUUCUAGUGGAAGGAAAAUAAUUUUUCUGUUCGUAGAAAGUGUCCAAAUUUCUCCAUCCAGCUUCGUUUGCGAACGCGAGGAAAGUUGAUCUUAGCGAAUUUCAGGUUAAAAAUUAAUUCGGUCUGAGACUCCAACGUCGAAAACCGAUCUUCUAUUUUUUCUCACGAAUUAAAGGCUUUCGGCGGGAACAAUCUACGUUAGGUUUCUUAUAUACCUAAAAGCUCUAUAUGAACAAACAUGAAAGAAAUUGAUUUUUCAACUCUUGCCACGAAAUUAAGAUUUUGGUCGAUUUUUCUGUUUCGCACGUCUCAAGCUCGCAACUGAGGAAACAAAGUACAAGAUUCGAUUCAUCUCUGAAUAUUAUCAAUCAUGUCACGAUCACGUAACCCAGAGUCUCAUAAAGAAACACUUUUCACUCACACGGUUUCGAAUACAAAUGUAGGUAACAAGAAACUGUUAAGUUAAUCGUACAAACAUCUUUUGCAGAAAAAAUUAAACUAGAAGGGAGCGUGACCUUCGAAAACAUCUUUUCUUCAAUAGACGAAGAAUCUUUUUGGCUGUGCGGAAAAGGCUGCUCGACAAUGAGCCUUCGUGGUUUUUUGAUUGUCAUCGUAUGUUAAGUCCGCAACAUUAAAACAGCAGCUGCCUUUGCAAAUUGAUUGGCGCCAAUUUGCAAAAAAAGGGCGCUCUUUUCAGUUUAAUUUAUUUCUUUGGAUCAUUCAGCUUCGUAUAUUAAAUUCCGCAUAAUUAUGUCAUUCCGCAAGCCAUGCCACAUGCCAUUCCGCAAACUCAUUCCGUCUUUUACCCUCACCGCUUGCAGACCGCCAUUUAAAGCCUCAUCAAGAUCCCUUCAAAUGGCACCUCCAUCACCUCCAAUGUUGGAUGACAUACUCUCACAAAUGUCUCAAAGAGAUUUCCCAUCCACGCAGCUUUUCCGUUCAAAUUCCGAGUUCUUCAACAACAAUGCAGCUAGCAUUGGUACCUCAACAGCAGUUGACUUGCUUGACAACGAAAGAUCAUUUCUGCACAGCAGCACCUACAGUAGAUAUUCGAGACAGAUCCAUGAUAAAUGGAUACCAAGUGAAGCACAGAUUUCUCAUUCAAGAUAUUCGCAGCCGUCGCUGUUCAUUGAGGAUGAAGAUGAUUAUGGAGGGGAUGAGAUUUUGCAAGACUCCCCUGAGCUUUUCACUCAACGAAGUGACUUUCACAAGGACCUUACUGUGGAUUCAGAAGGUAGAGCAGCAAACGUAUGCGAAUUGUAUUAGUUUAACCUGUGUGCGAACGCUUUCUUUAAUUUUUCCAUUGUCGGAUUAGACGUCUGGGCAGACAAGUUACAGAUUUCCGCAAAAACUUUUCUAUUACUAACAUACUUUUAAUUAAGUUCUGUUAUAUUUUUAACCAUAAUAUCUCCAUUAGUUCAAGUUUAAUUUAAAUAUGACCAGAAAACUAAGGACAUUUAUUUUCCAGAGAGUACGGCUCUGAAAGAUAGAAUUCUCACGCUUUAGCAAUAGACCCGUCCAAGGUGUUUUUUUUUUUUUUGAACUUCUGAUAAAGAGAAGUGCAGCGAAUAUCCAUCGACACCGCUGGAAAGAGGGCCUUAAGCUCCACAAAGUGGCGAAAUUUUACAGACGUUUGUAUGGUGAGUAGACGAACUUGUCCCCCGUCAUACAAACGUCUGUAAAAUUCCGCGACUUCGUGGAGCUAUUCUUCGUUAGUUUUCUCGAACAAAUCACCCUCAAAAUUGACACCUUUACUGAUUUUAAGGCGUUCUUUCCAGCCGUAUUGAUAGAUUUUCGCUAACUGGUCCUCGUAAAAAGUUGAAAACCCCGUCGUAAGGUCUAUUACCGAUUGGAAAAGUUCGGACAAAAAAGAGGGCGUGGCCUCCUCGGAAUCCUACUAAUUUUACUCAUUGAGUUGUUGAACUAAGGCCUUGGCAAAACGUCGAACUUUUCAUGAGACGAACCAAACUCUAAUCUGGAUUGACCUAAAUUAACUUAACAUCGUCUGUUGGGUCAGAUGUCGAUCUUAGGACGCGUCAAAUCAAUCAACUGAAUCAGACCAAAAAGCACUUUUAACAAAUUUUCUCCCGAACGAUGCUCGGCCCAAGACGAUCUUCGGACGUUCUAUCCGUCUGAAGCAGACCGAUAGAACGUGUUGGACGAUCCAAACUUAUCUAGACUAACGUAACUGAGCCAAACCUCCAACUUUUCAUGAACUUAUCUCACUAUAUAAGUUUGGUUCGACUCGUGAAAAGUUCGACGUUUGGCCCAGGGCUAAGAACGGGACUCGUUAUAGUACUUUUGGAUUUUUGCCUCUUCAUCUUGCAAUGAUCUCGGUUAACCGUUUCUGCCUAGACCUUAAUAUUGAGUAGAAGACUUAGCAAACUAUUAUUAUACUACAUCUAGAUUACAUGUAAAAAUCUACUCAAGUGACCACGAAUCUUAUACAUUUAUACAUCGCUCAUUUAUUGGAAGUGUAAUUUUUAUUCUUGACAGGGUUAGCGUUGAAUGACUAUGACCUGGAUCGGGAAGAGAUCCAAGCGUCCUAUCAAGUUCUACAACCACAAUACAACCUUGGUACUCCAGGACAGCUCGUUAUCCCAGGUAGUGAAAGUAUCUCACGUUGAAAUUUGCAGUGAAAUAUCUAUACACAGUGUUCAUACUGCCUAAGACAAAAUCCUAGAAAAAUAACAUGAAAACAUGUUUCUAGUUGGAUUUUUCUUUAUUGAUGAUUAAUAAAAGAGAACUUGAAUUAACGUUGUUACUUUGGAUUCCCUCCUUUGUCGCAACCUCGGGUGCUCCACAGUUUUUGGGUUCACUAUUUUGUUUUAGGUCAGGAGACCAUGGGCUCCUGCUUAAGUUCGGGGGAGAUCUACUGAAAUAUACCCCGCUCAGAAUUACAGAUAGAACUGAAUCAAUCUAUGUAUCUUUUGCAGCUUAUGGAAAUGAAUCUAACGACGCAAGUUCCGUGAUUGGACUUCGAUCUGUCAAUGAAAUACGUAUCCUUUAAACGUUAUUUGGAUGACGUCGGAUUGAAAGUAUGACUGACCUUCUCACUCACACGACAUGAACCUAAAUAGUGAUAAGGAGUAUCGCAGCAUCCGUCAAUUAACCAAAUGUACAUUUUGUGUACCUCUAAUUAAAUGAUGCUGUUUCGUUUUCCUUAACAAUUUUAGCUAAUCCAUUUCGUUCGGUUUUUAGUAAAUUUCCCUAUUUCAACAUUGCCCAGUCCAAAGUAUUUGAAGAGGUGAUGUACACAGACAUACCUAUGGUUGUAUGUGCUCCAACCGGAUCUGGCAAAACAGUCAUUUUUGAACUAGCUAUAAUACGGCAGUUGAUGAACUCUGCAACACGCCCAUCAAAGGCUAAAGUUGUUUACAGUAAGUCACAUAUGCUGACUUAGUAAGGAUCGAUAUGUAUCAAUCGAUAACAACACAGUUUUAAUUUGCCCUUAGACUAGGACAGCCAAAGGACACCAUCGUCUGCUGAAGACCAGCAGUCAAGCAGAUAAAUAUUGCCAUCAAUAACGAAGUGACUAUUGCAAGACAAUCGAAAAAACGAACCUAUUAUACACAAACCAGGAUAAAGAUAACAUCUUUCAUGAUCAUUAGGUAAAGGGCGUUGACUCAACCAAUGUUUAAGCAAUUCAAGAUUCAACUAAAAGCAAACUAACGUGAAGCAGUAUUAAGCCAAAAGUUUCAUCGCCGGUUGUAAGUAAGUCAAUACUAGUAAGGUUUAAGCAAUAUUUAGCUUAUUUUAAUGCAAAUAAAUUCUAGAUUCUUUCUCUUAAUACAUUAUUGAGCCUUAAGGAACAAGUGUCACAACAUAGAGUUUUAUUACUCGCGCAAGUGAAGAUUCACAAUGCGUCUGCAUCUAUUUUUCUUUUAAAGUGGCUCCAAUGAAGGCGUUGUGUAGUGAGCGCUUCAUGGACUGGAAAGACAAAUUUGGACCAUUCGGAUUAAAGUGUAAAGAGGUGACGGGCGAUAGUGAGCUGGACGACUACUAUGAACUCCAGAAUGUCCAUAUUAUCAUGACCACACCGGUAAGCUCGGGGUUUGUUUCGGAGAAGUAUCAAUAGGGUGAUGCGCUGUGAGAAAAAAUGGCUUAUAAUGGCGAAAUCGUGGAACAAGGGAAUUGACCAAGCUCACAGCAUUAACCAUUCAUGAAUCAGAAAAAAUGGUGUGUUUAGAACUGCAAUUUGUACCCUGCAUGUCAACUUAUAAUCUAGAUCAAACUUUUCGUUUGAGUCUUGACUUCCUACACCAGGGUUCUUCCUCAGUAAAGUUUCGUAGUUCUGUGUUUUAUGGGUGUAUAUGAAACUGUCUACUCUCAUAUACAGGAGAAAUGGGACAGCAUGACAAGAAAAUGGAGAGACAACAGAUCAUUGGUUCAAUCGGUCAGACUAUUUCUUAUUGACGAGGUUAGCACACUUUUACAGUAAACAAACCUGGGCAAAUUGCCUUAGAUAACUGAACAAGUUCUAAUGUAUAUUGGCAUUAUACUCUAGAAGUACUGAGAUAGCAGUGAGACGGGACCCACAACUUGGGUCCAUAACAUUGAUUAACGAACACAUGCGGUGCUCGACGUUUUUCCCUUCUGAUGUGGCUGCGACGAAGGAACUAAAAGAAAACAUUGCUCAACAACAUGUACAUUGAGAGGGAGGAAGGGAAGCACCGGGGCUAUGCGACCCAAGUUAGGUUUUUAUUACUUAAUUAGUAUUAUUAUAGGCAAAUUAUAGGAAGUAUUGGUAUGAAAGUAUAGGGAGCAAGGAUUCUGGCCUUUGGAUAAGUGGGAAAACAAAACUGAAUAGAGCACAUGACUCAGUGGCAGAUCAGAGAAGUUUCCCUGCCUGAAGGUAUCUCUCACAUCACCUCUUUAUGUUCACAGGUUCAUCUUUUGAACGAUGACUCACGUGGAGCUACAGUCGAGGCAGUCAUAAGUCGCAUGAAGACCGUUCAGUCUACCAUGACUCGAAAUAACACUGACAGUCCUAACAGAGAGGGCAUGCGGUUAAUAGCUAUUUCAGCCACCAUACCAAACAUUGAAGAUGUAAGUCGAGAGGAAAAUAAUACUCAAUUUUCAUUUUUGUGUUGACGCCGCCCAGAGACUAGCGCUUGGCACCUUUUGUUGGGUUCCUUAAGUAGUGGUGCGGUUUUCAACUUUGUGUUGUAACAUGAGGUCUGGUCAUCAUUUUAAUUUGUCUGACCUAUACUUUAUCCUCUGAUUCACCAGAUCGCUGCUUGGCUUGGAGGAAUUGACUCUCCAGCUUCACACUACAGGUAAAAAUCUGUUAUGUAAAGAACCCACGUUACAUUGGAUCUUCUGAUAUGCUGGAAGCCAAUUUUCUGAACACUUCUACUGAAUGCUAUUUCGCGAACUUCUUCGAAACUUAUGGAUGGUCGCAGCCGGCUAUAGGUAACCAGGGUCUCAUUUUCUCACAGGUACACAAAGAACACGCAGAAAUCUUCUCCUCUGAGACCACGCAACGUGUGCACUGUUGUGAUAUCGCACUCGACUACCCCAUAGCAUAUAAUGGCAUUUUUUUGUAAUGCCUACCCUAUUGUAUUUCGUUGUUUACAGUAUGGACGAUUCUCACAGACCAGUGAAGCUGAGAAAGGUUGUCCUUGGCUUUCCCAAGGGAAGUAACUUCUCCGACUUUCGCUUUGACCUGUCACUAAACUAUAAGCUGAGUGGUAUCAUUCAAACUUACUCGGAUAGAAAGCCUACACUUGUGGUAAGUUAAACUUACAAGAAGAAAUUAGUUUCUUUUGUCAAGCGCCAAAGCAGUGGCGAUGGGUUGUAUUGAUGAAUUGAGACUGUAAUUGCUGUUCGUCCUCAGAGACAGUCCAGUCGUAAAAGAGUAUAGUGUAAAGGAAGCCGCAAUGUAAUGGAACAAGAUGUAUCAUCUAAAAUACAACCUGGAAUAGAAAAAUUAUUAUGGGAGUCAUAGAAACAACUAGAGGGAUUUUUACUUAACCCGUGAAAUAGGUAGUACAAUACUACGCACUAUUAGACACUAAUUCUAUUGUCUUCUUUUGUUUAUUUGUAGCUAUUUUGCACUAGUUGCCGGUUAUUAUCUGUUUCACGGUUCAAGUAAAAUCACUCUUUUACGAGUUCUUCGCAGUGCUUACAGUUAUGGAAUCUCUCUUACAUGAAGGUUCCAUUCAGUUAACGGCUUUCUAAUACAUCCUUUUUAUUCGUCAGUUUUGCUCAACAAGGAAAAGCGCACAGCAAGCAGCACAGAUGCUCGUUAAAGACGCAAGAUUUAUCAUGAACUCCCAGCAUAGACAAAGGUAGAUGAAUCAUUUCAAGGACAAAGGAUAUACCAGAUAAACUGCAACACAGCCAACGAAUCAUAGUGAGCUCCCAGUUCCAUUUAAUGUGUCACUAUCAUCAAAUUCCCUUGUCAGGAUAUUAAUCUUAAGAAUAGAUCUUCCAUUGCACGCAUAAGCAUUACUGUAACGUUCAAAGUUACGUGUAUUUUGAUCAACUAAUGCCUAAAUGAAAAAUUACAUAAACAGCAAAUAUUAAAUGUUACCUAUUUGAAACUGUAUUUUUUCUUAUUCUCUGAAGGCUUCAAAGAACAGCCAACUCUCUUCAUGAUUCUAAACUUAGAGGUUAGUUCCUGCUCUACAACGAAGUCUUAUGAAAUAAAUAAACCAUUCAACAAAAUAAAGCAAGUAGGGUUUAUCAUUACUGACACUUGAGUGUGAUAAAGCGUCGUGAAGAAUGAUUUCACUCCAAUAAAAUACCCACCUAGUGUUAAUUUUGUUCCAAAGAACACACCACAAGCACUAGAAAUCAACAUUAAAACUUACACCGAACAUCGGGACCUUCAAAGUUGAGAUGCUUAUAAACGUGUAAAGUGCUUCAAGUUACCUUUUUUCACUGCAGAGCUCGUGAUAUGUGGGAUUGGGUAUCACCAUGCAGGACUAGAUCCAACUGACAGGCGAAAUGUUGAGACGAUGUUUAUCAAGGGGGACAUACCUGUAUUAUGUAAGUGCCGGCAGUUGGUCUUACUGUUUUCCUUUCAUUACUUUUUUGUCUGUUGGAAAGAGCUUCCUGCGAUUAAAGCAUUAACCUUUUUGUCACGAAAAAAGACGUAAAGGGUAAAAGUACAGCACAAAUCACAGUCGUUAAUUUCUCUUUGUCUUUCUUCUUUAGUUGCCACCAGUACUCUUGCUGUAGGGGUAAGUUUUAUAGUGGAGUACGCUUAGUUUUGUGCGACCGAAGACAACGUUCAAAAAGUUUUUACAUUUAACAUUAUUGCUUCAUUUGGCUAGCAGUUAAUAAGAUGAGAACACACUAAAACAAGGACUUCUUUUGAUAGGUGAAUCUUCCCGCACAUCUCGUUAUCAUCAAGUCUACCGCCCAUUAUGUAAUGGGAGUUUUUCAGGAAUAUUCCGAAACUCAGAUUCUACAGAUGAUUGGCAGAGCUGGAAGACCACAGGUAGUCUUACAAUUACUUAUUUACUUGCAAUAUUUUCUUAUUACUUAUUUAUAUACAUCUCAUCUAUUUUCCUACGAUUUUAAAAAGCUGCAUGAUGAGCACUCGUAGAGAUGACAACUAUGGAAAGCUGGGGAAACAGGCGACCAAACAAAAUAAGAUAUCGAGGGCAGAAAAAGCGAAGAGCUAAAACACACUGUUUGAAAAGACGUAUUGUAGAUUUAGGGCAAUUUUGCCAUUUCUAUUAACCAAACUUUUUUCUUUUUCAGUUUGACACCUCAGCAACCGCGGUCAUUCUAACAACGAGCGCUAAUAAGGUUUGCCAUAUCAUGAUUUUGUUUUCACAAUUGACAGUGCUAUACUGUCAGUUUGUGUUUCGAUUCAUUUCUAAGUUGUCAAGUGAUUCCCACCGGUCGACAGCGUCUCCUUCAUUUAAACUGUGUUACAGGAAAAAUAUACCGGUUUACUUGAAGGAACUCAGAAGUUGGAGAGCAGGUGAGUUGAAAUAUUUGAAUACUAGUACUUUUCUUCAUUUUUCAUACAGCUAAAUGGAUUGAUCAGGUCAAACGAUGUUGCAGAACGUUUGGAUUCUUUUCCUCUUAUACAAUAUAAUUGUUUCUGAUUGGACGAAAGCGCCAACUAAAAAAGUUUACUUUUUAGGGUUAACAGAGCUAUUGGCAAAAGUUAAGAAUUCAUUGUGGUUCUUAAGGUUACGAAUCCCAACUUGCCUAGCAAACCAGUUGGUUAUUUAUUUACAAGCGUGACCAAGGAUUAGAACUUCGGAACAACCAAGAGCAAAUCCAGCUGGCGGUUAGAACGGGGAUUUAACUCCGGGCCUCUGGAUUGCAGUUCCGAUCCAGCGCUCUUACCGCUAGGUCAUGCUAUCUCCUCCCAGCCUUUUUUUUGUUGCUAUAUACAUCAUUUCAUGGCAGCAUUUGACCACCAGCGUGGUUUAUUUUUAUAAGCUGAGGCGACAUUCAGUUAUUGAAAAGAGGUUUACUGAUACGUCACCAAUACCAUGGUUAUUACUAUUCCCAGCCUGCACCAUCAUCUUAUCGAGCAUCUGAAUGCAGAGAUUGUUCUCAACACAAUCACGGAUGUGACUAUUGCGCUGGAGUGGCUGAAAUCAACCUUCCUGUAUAUAAGGAUCCUGAAAAAUCCUCUGCAUUACGGUACGUUGAAUAAUCUGUUUGAUUCAGGGAUAAGAUCAAGUCUUACCCCCUGAACUUACGUUGUUUGUAAAUAUUUGUAGCUUUUAACCUGAGCGCAUACAACAAUAUAGUAUUGCUGUUAACACUAUAUUUUCACUUUGAUUUCUAAGGGAUUCCUGAAGGGCUGAAGAAAGAAUGUUUGGAACAGAAACUUCAAGGUGACUUCUAAGCAGUGAUCCAGGCACCGGCCUUAUAAUUGCGCUCUACGUAAACGUACCGGCGCCUGCUACACCUAUGACUUGAGUCUGUAUGUCGCUAGCGACGUAGACAUAACAAAACAGCAAGUGCGAGAAUAAAAGUCUCUAGUCAAUUGAAUAACGACGUCAAUAUAAUCUCAAGCAUACGAAGAGAAAACAUUUUGAUCCUUGUGCUUGCCCUUAACGAUAUGCUUGCGUCCCUAACUUGUAUAAAAGCUUAUAAAUCAUGGUUUUUUGUUUCAUUCCUUUUCCUCUUGAUGUCAUGGUUUGUUUCCUGGCGUCUUGGCGAAGACCGGCGUAGUCAAAUGCUCUUUUUUUUUUAUUUUUCCAUCUUUUGAAACAGACAUUUGUUUGAAGAGCCUAAACACGUUGGAGCGGGCAGGGCUUAUAAAAAUGGACGAUGGAUUUGAUCUGAAGCCCACAGGUGGGUUUUUAAUCUUCAAACUGGAGUGAUCAUGCGCGUAAGAUCUUGAAUAGCAGGAAAAUCGGGCAAGUAAUUCAUUUCUAACCCAGAAUAGGUUUUUUUCGAAUGCUAUGCUCUUUCUUGCAUUUGGUGAACAUUUUCUUGAGUUCAUGUGUUGUUUACCGAUUGGCUGCAUUCGUGAGCCCCCUUACAGAAGAUGUCCGUUAAUAUCAGAUCUUUUACUUCUGUUACUUAUCAUCCUUGCCUCUCAUAUUUUGUUAUAUUUUAGAGGCAGGUCGACUGAUGGCCAGGUACUGCAUUGCCUAUGACUCAAUGAAACAGUUUCUUGAAAUUAAGGGAAAGGAAAGCCUUAGUGACUUGGUAAGCGGCUUUUCUUCUGUCGUGCUAUUUAUUUAUUUACCCAUCAUUGUAAAAGUUGGUAUUCUUAAGUAUACGUGAGCAGGAGAUCUCAGCAAGCUCUGCUGAGCUUUUUAGAGGAGAUCCCAAACUUUAUUUAUCAAUUAAAUUACUAAUACAUUGUUUGGCGCUAACCGAUCUAUUGUUGAGAGUUUCUUUUUCGUUUGACUUCACGUCGGAGUUACCCUAAGGUUACAAAUUUUAGGUUGAGCUGGUUUCGAAAUGCAAGGAAUUUUCAGAUGUUAAGCUACGAGUCAAUGAAAAAAGAGCGCUGAAUGGUCUAAACAAGGACAAGAACAAGCCAACUAUAAGGUAAAACAAUGCCCCCUGUAUUUAUAGGGAACAAAGUAAUUAUGAGUAUGGGCUGCAUGUCUCAAUGAAAAGCAUUCAGCUCUUAGCACAGCCACCAAGGAAACCUGGUUUAAUGCUGUCAAACAUAAAGGGAAAAGGGAUUGAAAUGGACGUUACCGUGGUUAAGUGAGUGGUUAAAACAUUUUGUCUCUUGUUUUUGGGUAGGUUUCCAAUUAACGGAAAAAUCAAGACAACGGACCAAAAAGUUAACUGGUACGUCAGUCCUACAGUACCGUGUGUCUCAAUUGUUGUCUUGUAACCUGCUUAUAGCACUUUAUUUACAAUCUUCAGCCUCAUUCAAGCGACGCUUGGUAACCUUGCUAUAACGGACUUUACCUUAAGUCAAGAUGUUACGGUCAGUUCAUAUUUCACCUUGUUUUUCGAUUCUGUCAAAAUUUAGGGGCUGACAGGAUUUUUUUCAUUUGAGACAGUAAAAGUUAUACUUAUUUAGUUUUUCCUCAUCAUAUUUUUUCUUCAGAAAAUCUUCAGAGCCGGACAAAGAAUCACUCGUUGUAAGUGAAAAAAUAAUAUGUGGUUAUUAGUUUUGUUUCUAAACGAUCGACUGUCCAUCCUCAGAGACCCAGGGGCAGUCAGUCUGGUCGAGACUGGCGCGACGAAAGUUUUCAAGCUGAAAAAUUUCGUCUCGUCUUUUCUCCGACCCGACUGACAGCUCCCUGGUCUCCGAGGGUGUAAACUAUCGUGAAAGCAAAAUAUCGGACAUUUUUCUUUUGUUUUGCGUUGGAAGCAGGCAAGUCAUUAACCAAUCAGAAUAUCUAAAUAUACCGAAAAGAAAAAUGUAUCCAGCUUGUUUGUUGGCUAGCUGCUUUUCAAAAAAUUUCAGCGCCGGAAUAAAAUACUGAUUUUGGAAACUUUUCUUGAAAGUGAAUUAAAUAUUUGACCGAAUACUGUUCGAAUUCAGUGAAAAUGUUUUAUUUUUACACGUUAUUUUUGUAAAUUGGGUAUGCACCCCCCAGUAUCGCUCAUGAGUUCUGUUUACUUUGUGGUACUGAAAGCGUUUGUCUCAUCGCAUUACAGGUUUGACUGAACUUCAAAUGUUGAAAAAUGAGUUUCUGUCACUUCAGAACUCGAUCAUCCUUGCAAAGUGUAUUAGAGCCAGGUAAUUACAAGCAUAACUGUAAGAUAUCAAUGCCGAAUAUUGCAUGCUACACAAACCGUUGAAACUGUCCUUACAUGUUUGAGUUGUUUUGUUAGAUUGUGGGAGAAUUCAAAGUUUGUUUCAAGACAACUGGAGAAAAUUGGUAUAUACCACAAUACGUGUUUCGAAUUCAUAAAUGGUGAUUGAAGUACAUUCAAACUUCUUUUUCUUACAGUAAAAGGCUAAGAGCUCUACUAUACAUUUUGUUUUAGGGCCUAUGUUAUCGACUAUGAUGGUCAACGCUGGUUUAACAACUUUCAAAAAAAUCGAGGAGACGAAUCCUAGAGAAAUAGAGAUGGUACAGAAUUUUGGAGUGAAAUGUCAAUCAGCCCCAUAGUAUUUAUUUGUAUUAUUUGUGAUGCCAAUUAAUUUUACUUUUCAGAUUGUGAAUCGCCAUCCACCCUUUGGAAGCCAGGUAAUCAGAUGUAGAGUGAAGUGUAUUUUCAUAGUAAAUUCUUAUGUGUAUAACAAAUAGCUUUGAAUAUGAUAUAUAGAAGAUGUGACGAUCAUAUUGCUGAAAUACACUUCUCAGGUUUAGUAACUGCUGCUUGGUUGACUAAUUUCCAGGGAAACUUUUUUUAAAAUUAUUCAUUAUCACCCAACAUUGCAGGCAAAACUUUCAUUCCUCAUUCUAUGAAUCGAUCUGAAGUGCUUAAAGAAACGAUAUCUACUGACUGAUGUAGAGUUAAGUUAGUUUAUCUUUGUAAAAACUUUGAUUUGUUGAUCGCAGAUUCGAGAAGCAGUUUCAAAUCUUCCAAAGUAUGAGCUCUCCGUUCAGCAGGCAAGUUUCGUAAUUGUCUUUUUAGACAACGCCCUUUGCUUCACAUUAUUGUCUGUCACGGUUUAUAUCAACCCAAGGUAGACUGACCUCCGGAGAGACAAACACUGUUGUAAAUAUCUAAUAAUGGUGGUGUAGUGUGAUUGACUGGUCUGCGAUUUUCCACCAUAGUUGCAGGCCAUGGUAUAGUAUGGUAUGGUAACUUUAUUUAUACACGGUAUUUCCUUCAGGUACAUUUACUUUCAGGUAUAGAAAACUAACUACCUAACUAAACUAGAUCAUAAGAUGGAAACUAAAAUAAUCAAGAUGAAAAGAAAACACCUGCUUUUCAAGGAAGCCGUGUGUAAAAAUAACAUUUCGCUAAUUUAAAUUAUUUCACAAUCAAAUUAAGGUCCCAUCACCUGCCUAAAUUUAUUCAUAUUAGAAAUCCCCCCACUCGCACUACGGGUGUAUUAAAAGCAAGUUCGUUUUCAUCGUACGCGUUCUAAUCGAACCUGCAAUAGGUGGUAUUCCUAAAAUAACAUUUAUCUUUAUGACCAACAGUGAAGUUUUCUGACAACGGUUUAAUUUAUAUGGAAACUUCUGUAUAAAACAGGCUGGCAGACACCAACCCAAUCGUGCAGAGAUAGUUGUCACAGUAACCAUGACGAACUACCUUAAAAGAAAAGAAGCGAUCAGCACAGGAAGGAACACUCACUUUUGUAUUUUGUUGGUUUCUGACGCAGAUAACAAAGUGGUUUUUAAACAGAGACUAGGGUAAUGUCAUGUUAUUUAAGGACGAUGGUGACAAAGAAAGCUAUUUUAUCGACUUUGGAUUUUAAGUGAUAUUAACACUGAGAGGAUUGAGGCUGACUGUUAAAAACAACAAAAAAAUGGAAUGGUGAUUAUAGUGUUUAUGAUGCUGAUAAUGAUAAUGACGACAAUGAUUAUGAUGAUGAAAAGGCACGAGGACCAGUACAGGAGGAUGAGGAAAGAGGCACACGAAUAGCUGGAGUCAUGAUUGUAUUAUUGACGUUUUUUUUCUACAAUUUGGCUUUAUUGCCUUUAUGAUUAGAAUUUGGUGAGCGUCUCAUGCUUAUAUGGGUAAGCCAACUUAUAGAAGCAGGAAAUUUUUCCUCUUAAUCAGGCCUUUUCAAAAUACUGAUUUAUUAUUAAUACUUAGUUUGCGAAGAGCUUUUUUUUUUAGUAUUCUGUACCAUUUUGAUACUAGGGACGCCUUUUUUAUGAAGGAGGGGUACUGGAGUAAGCGGGUGGAUGUACAGCGAACAAAAGUUCAAUCCUCGGAGCUCAGCAUCAACCUCAUUAGCCAAGAAUAUGGUAAUACCAAUUCAAUGAUAAAUGUGUAUAUACAGCUCUCAUUGCCUUGAUUCAUUCAAAUGAUAUUUUUAAUACAGCAAUGUCUUAGUGACUCGGCCAUCUUCCGUAGACCGAUCGAAGAUGACUCUUGGUUUCUAUCAGCCAUGGGUUUGCUUCUAUUCAUGUUGCUUUGUCUUUUACCCUUUCAAAGACUGAGGAAACUGCUAUGUUUCUUUGUAAACGACAGUGAGAUAUGCAGAUAAUAAUCGUUACUUUAACUGCGAGUCUUAAUCAAUCAGUAUCACGUACAAGUAAUUUCAGUUGUUAGAGACCUUAAGAUGCGACGAUGGCGACGGCAGGCAACGAGAGCGUCAGAAAGCAUUAGGUACCCACUAUUCUCCUGACCUGACCCCGUGACCUCCCUCACUAGCAACUGCGACAGCUAUACGCGUGGCGGCAAAUGAAUCCACCCAUAAUAAGCCGAACAACAAUACAUUUGCCGUCAACUCGCAUAGUAUACGUAACUACGACGUAGGAUACCAGUACAUAAACUCCAGGAGAGUUGACAAAGAAGUGAGUUGGAAUAUAAACCGCGAUAAAGACUGAAAGAACUUGAAUCCACUUAGCGAAGACAUUUCGCCGCCGUUGCCCGUCCUCAGAUCUCAAGGUCCAUAAUUUUGUUGAUAGUCAGUGCAUCUCUUUACUUUCAGUUGGUUUUGAUGUGAGUACAACCUAUUCCCCUUAUUAUAGUGGAGGCCAGGCCUACUUAACCGUAAGUACAAAGCAAUAUAAAGAAACAGAAAUCUGAUGAAGACGUUUGGCAUCUUAAGAAUAUUUAUCACUCCAAACGGCAGCUUUUGAGUUUUUGCUGGGAGUUGGCGAAUUUGUUUUAUCAACUUGUCUUUUAGCUAAUUAAACCAAAUUUUAACGGCACGCACGCUCUAACGGCUCAUCACAAAAUGUGGUACGCAAUACUCCUUCUUAACCUUGCACUGAAUUGAAUAAAAAACAAUUAUAUUUCUUUAUUGUCUUUCCAGUGACUUCAGUAAGUCAGUCACUGUCAACAAAAUUCCUAUAUAUUCCGGACUAGGCACGCUCCAAUUACUUAUGACUUCACUCCUUAGUUCAAACGAUUCGCGAUGGCUACUAUCCUUUCUUGACGCAUUUUAUUUUCAAAGGUUAAGAGGGAAUCACAAGCAAGUAAUCCACUGAAUGUGAAAAGGGUUGAAUCUAAUGUAAAUUCAGGUGAGUCUGAGUUGACCGUCUAUCUCUGAAUUAAGUUGCGCGUAAAACAACAUAAAUUAUAAAGUAAAUUUUUAGUGGUGUAAUUAAUCGUAGAGCUGAGUAAGUCAUUUAUUUGAAAGUCUGAUUAUCAGUCGAAAUACAGCGCUGGUCUGAUUGCCUGGAGAACUUGGCUGGAGACAGAUUAACUAUGAUUUAAGGCCAUGGAACUAGGACGUAACUACGGAUGAGAGGAUGGGUGUGUUUCUUAAAUAUUGAGCGAAAACUGUUGUUGUUAUUUCCAGCGUCCACGUGCAGUUCUAUACCACAGACUGGAGGACUCAGAGUUCCUUGCAGUCAUCGAUGUUCCAAUAAGGACGCAUAUCCUUUUAAAACAGAACAGUGAAUGAACGUUUUGAAAAUGAUACAAUUGUAGGCAAUCUAGCUCAAACCAAAGAAUAGUCUUGUCUUUGAAGUCUUGUCAGUAAGGACAAAACUUCAAAUCAUUCCGAGAUAGGACUUUCGAGAUUAAUCCAUCAAACACGAAGCAGUUAGGUUACAAGUCUGAAUUAGAAAAAGGUAAUGUUUACGGUUCGAUUUUCUUUUCUUGCUUGUUACUAUAAGAUUCAAUUGAUGUGCUAGAUACCCUUAAUGAAACGCACUUGUGGUCACGACUGUUGCAGACAAGGAGUGAGUUUAAGAGUCAAGAAAAAGAAGGCAGAGGUAAGUUAGUAAUCCUCCUUUUUCCCUUCUGUCUUAUUUACGCACUAAACUAAUUCAGAUAUGAAAAACUUGGUAGCCUAGAUAGCAUUAAAGGUUGUAACGCUGAAGGUCCGUACCCGUCUCUUAGACUACCACCCUAGUGCAACCCUAGCCUUAUCCUGGAAGAUAUGAUCCGUAAAGGUCUUGCAGGUAUGUGUAUUUUGAGGAUGCGCCGCACUUGGUCAUUCUUUUAGGUUUGAUCCCAAAAGGGACGACUCCCGUUAACGGCCUUUUGACGUUUCCUUGUAGCCAUUACCGAUAGCAUAUACACAUGGCAUACAAUUAGUUGAUCAUAUUCCACGGAUAUUAAAGCGACUUAAGACUCCUUCCCACAAGUAUUUCUUAAGUAGGUACAAUACAUAACUUACCAAGAAACGCGCUUUUAACGUCAGGCUUGCAGACUUGAUCUUUAUUUCAGUCGCUUCUUUGGCUUACGUUUAGAUGGAUCAGAGUAAGGAACCUCCACGCUUAGCAGCGCAAAUCACACCAUGUAAAGGUAACAGAUAACUAUAAAAUUUAUUACUUUUUGCAGAGCCUUGUUGCGUUCCCCAGUGUUAAACAUUAUUAGUCUUUCUUGAGUUAAGCUAUUCCUUAGCUUUUAAAUGGGAGCCAAUAAUGUACAUGGUAACGGCUAACGCAUGAAUUUAGGCUGAUUUAGCAACAGGACGGGAACGUCAGUUGACAACGGCGCGCACAAACUAAACAACUGGCUUGACCAAUGGCAGAGCGGCAAAUUGGGCACCGGAAAGUUGUGUUUAGUCCUUUCCGCGUGCUUCCCCGUCGUCAACUGACGUUCCCCUCGUGUUGCUAAAUCAGCCUGAUGCUAAGUUGGCUGUAACGUUCUAUGGUGGUCUUAGCCUGCGCGGCUGGCGUUGAAAGGGCAAGGGGGAAUAAGGCAGCAAUUUUGCCUUCCCCUUUUGACGCCUGCCACGCAGGCUAGAAUGGUCCAGGUAUCUGAUAUGACUCAAAUCCUGCUCUCUGAUUGGCGAGAGUCCGAAAAGAUCUUGAAGUGCCUUUCAUUGUUAAUUAAUCUUAAAUUAGUCACUUAUUUAUUAAAACUACAUACCGUGAUAAAACCUAAUAUCAAAAGAAAGGCACGAUUUAUCUUGUAGAUAAAGCCUUCAGAAAGAAUUUAGAACUUGCUGAACCGAGUCAUAUGGACGUUUUUCUCAAAAACCUUCACCAAAGAACAGAAGCGAUUCCCGGAACGCCUACCGCUAAACGCUUGAAG